GACGUGGUGCCGCACGACAAGCAUAUCUCGUGGACGCUCUACUCCGCCAACCACACGACCAACCAGUCGAACACGCCGCUCGUCAACUGGUGGAUGGCCUACCUCAACUUCCAGAUCGAGCACCACCUCUUCCCCUCGAUGCCGCAGUACAACCACCCCAAGAUUUGCGGCCGCGUCAAGCAGCUCUUCGAGAAGCACGGGGUCGAGUAUGACGUGCGCACCUACGCUAAGUCGAUGCGCGACACCUACGUCAACUUGCUCGCCGUCGGGAACGCGUCGCACAGCCUCCACCAGCGCAACGAGGGCCUCACCACGAGGGAGAGUGCGGCCGUGCGCGUGACGGGCCACUGA